GCCGACGUCAUCAAAAGGCGCCUCUCCCUGUGCCCGACGCUCUUUGAAAUGCUAGUUUGUGAAUACAAACUAAAAGGGACUUUAAAAUGCCUAUGAAGGGACGCUUUCCGAUCAGGAGGACUCUCGAAUACCUCCAGAAGGGCGACAUCGUCUUAAAAAACCGAGUGAAGAUCAUGACUGUCAACUACAACACGAGCGGAGAGCUCAGCGACGGCGCAAGGAAGUUUGUGUUCUUCAAUAUCCCUCAGAUUCAGUACAAAAACCAGUGGCUCCAAAUAAUGAUGUUCAAGAAUAUGACGCCAUCCCCGUUCCUGAAGUUCUACCUGGACGACGGGGAGCAAGUUCUGGUUGAUAUGGAAGGGAAGGACUACAAACAAAUUUCCCAACAUGUCAAAAAGAUUCUGGGCAAAUCAGAAGAGGUGUUACAAGCCGAGGCGCAGGCCAAGAUGCAGGCCUCCAACCCCGCCAACUUCGGGCCCCGGAAGUACUGCCUGCGAGAGUGCAUCUGCGAGGUGGAGGGCCAGGUGCCGUGUCCCGGCGCCACGCCGCUGCCCAAGGAGAUGACGGGAAAACAUCGGGCCCGGAUGGCGGCGGCAGCGGCGCAGGAGUGAGACGCCGCAGCGUCACGUUUUGAUUUGCUGCGACGGCGCUGCGGAUUCAGCUGUAAAUACGAGUGACUGAAUGGACCGUGCGAGGAGGUCCAGCGUCUCCGGCCCGGGAUGCGGCAGGAAACCGCAGCCAUCUCGUACGGGCACUUUGGUCGCGGUCUGGAUUUUUUUUUUUUUUUUUUUUUUAGCUUCAAGAAUCCACAUCCGGCUAAACGUGUCAACACUGCGAUGUAAACAUUGAAAUCAAACUGAUUUCGUUAGGCAAAAUCUGAACAUUAAGUAUGACCACAAUAUCAAAGUAGAGGAUGGCUGAGAUUCAAAUAAUGAAGAGAAAGAAGCCUUUUUACUUUAACAAUUUUCUUUCUUUCUUUUUAUUGGUGCUGUGAUGGAAGUUCGUGCUUAAAAAAAAAAAAGUUUCGGCAAAUGAGCUAAAAAAAUAAAAAUCACUUGCUUACACACAAA